UGUUACAGUCAGAGGGAGUCUCGGGGCUCCAGCAGGGUCCACGCAGUCUCUGGAACACUUUACCCAUACAUGGACUCCAUAUUUCGGGUAUCUGUCUGCGGAGCGGCAGGGGGUCAGCCUGGGAGCCUCUAACUCUCCUCUCCUCUCCUCUCUGCUUCAUGUCCCUUUCUCCUCCUGAGGGCUGAGGAGGAACUUCAGCGGCAGCUCCGGAGCAGCGCGGCCGGCAGGGAGUCUCUGCUGGCGGGGGAAGGAUGCGUCGCAGCGGACCGCUCCUGACCUGAACUUCCCUUCCUUCCAUUCCUGGAUGUGUUACUGUUUUUACACACUCAGCAUCAUGCCUCCGUUCAUCUUUAAGGGGACACCGAGCAGUCCGGAGCCGCAGCGGGAGCCGGGCGCGGACGCAGCGGGCUGGAUGCGGACUCUGUGCCCGGUGUGAGCGGAGCGCAGCGCAGAGACGAGCACACAGGCUGGAUGUGCAGCUGCAGGACUUUCUGCUCUCUGAAGGUUUUCUGGAUGCAAAUGUCAAGUGUGAGGAAGCAGGAGUGUGUGACACGAGGGAGGAAGAGGACGUCGGAUGAACCCCCUGCGGUGUCUGGUACAUGGCUCUAUCUGCGUGGAGAGCUCUACCCGCUGGUAGAAAAGCAGAGAGGCUGAAAAUGUGAUGAAAUGUCAGCCAGCUUUAUCACGGACGGUGGCUGGAGAAGGAAUCAUAUUGUUUAAUGAGACCAUUUUCUUUUGUGAUGGGAAGCUUAGGACAUCUAAUUACUGAGGGAUUACUCAAGACCUUCCUCAGCACCAGGCUGGACAUGGUGCUGUUAUUUAACAGCUGCUCCGUUGGAUCUUUGAAGUCCUAGUUUCUUUCAUUUGUUUUCUGGGUUGCAUUUUUCUGAAAUGGAGUUACAGCUGCGUUUAUGGAAUAAGGACUGGGCCUCCUUCAUCAGGCCGUGGAUACCGAUACUGUUGGGCCUUCACCUUCAGUUCUCCCGGGCCUCCAACUGCCCGGAGGAGUGCCGCUGUGAUCGCACCUUUGUUUACUGCAACGAGCGGAGCCUGACCUCAGUGCCUCUGGGAAUUGGCGAGGGUUAUAAGAUCCUCUUCCUCCACAACAACCAAAUCAACAACGCUGGGUUCCCCUUGGAGCUGCACCACGUGGCGUCGGUGGAAACGGUGUAUCUCUAUGGCAACGAGCUGGAUGAGUUUCCCAUCAACCUGCCCAAAAAUGUCCGAGUUCUCCAUCUGCAGGAGAACAACAUUCAGACCAUCUCCAGGGCGGCUCUGGCUCAGCUGCUCUGGCUGGAAGAGCUGCACUUGGAUGAUAACUCCAUUUCUACGGUGGGGGUGGAGGAGGGGGCGUUCCGCGAGGCCGUGAGCUUGAAGAUGCUCUUCCUCACCAAAAACCACCUGAGCAGUGUGCCUAUCGGUCUCCCUGACGAUCUCAAAGAGCUGCGACUGGACGAGAACAGGAUCGCGGUCAUCGCGGAGGAAGCUUUUCAAAAUGUGACCCGCCUGCAGCGCCUCCUGUUGGACGGGAAUCUGUUGACAGAUGAAGGAAUAGCACCCGGGACAUUUCAGGACCUGAUCACCCUGAGGGAGCUGUCCCUGGCCCGGAACUCACUCACCUACCCUCCCCCGUUCCUCCCAGAGGAGAUGCUCAUCAAAUUGAACUUUCAGGAUAACCAGAUGAGCCAGAUCCCCGUGAAGGCGUUCACGGGGCUGCACAAGCUGGAGAGGUUGGAUAUUUCUAACAACCAGCUGCAGACGCUCUCACGGGGAGUUUUUGACGGCCUCGCCAGCCUCAGACAGCUCACGGUCCGGAACAACCUGUGGAUGUGCGACUGCAGCGUCACGUGGGUGGUGUCGUGGCUGAAAUCGCUGCCGUCCUCUCUGAAUGUGCGUGGCUUCAUGUGCCAGAAGCCUGAGAAGUUCCGGGGCAUGGUGAUCCGGGAGCUGAGCGCUGAGCUGCUCCAGUGUCCACAGAGCACAGGGCUGACCCCCCUGCCCACCUCACCAAGGGGAUCUGAUUUAAUCCCCUCCCUGUCUUCAUCCUCAGACUCCCCGCUGCCCACUCAGUACGUUUCCUCCUCCCCCUCCUCCUCCUCCAGACUUCCCUUCCCCACAUUACCCUCCCUCUAUCCGGUCUUUACAACCAGAGGGGUCGGUUUGAGGACUAAGAAACCCCUCGCCCCCAGGAGUCAGAAUUUGCAGGUCACGUUUGCGACACUAAAUGGCUCUGCGAUCCACGUCAGCUGGGUGGCGACCUUUCCAGUAACUGCCUACAAGGUGACCUGGGCCAGGAUGGGUCCCAGUCUGACAGGGGACACCGUCAGAGAGAGGAUAGUGGGUGGGGACCACCGGGGGACCCGACUGGCUAAUCUUGAGCCAAAGUCCACGUAUCGGAUCUGUGUCAUUCCCCUGGAUGCUUUCAAUAACUACCGGCCCAAAGACGACACGGUGUGCACCGAGGCCGUGACCACGCCGGCAGCUUUCAGCCCGGACUCCAACAAACGCCCGUCAGGACCCGAGCAAGCCACGCAGCCAGAGACCAGCUCGCCCUUCCUGCUUGCUGGGCUGAUUGGCGGGGCUGUGAUCGUGGUGCUGGUGGUCUUCCUCAGCGUUUUCUGCUGGCACAUGCACAAGAAGAGCAGCUCCAAGUCCUCCACCGAGUGGAAAUACAACCGGGGCCGGAGAAAAGACGACUACUGCGAAGCGGGCACCAAGAAAGAUAACUCCAUCCUGGAAAUGACUGAGACCAGCUUCCAGAUCGUGUCCCUGAACAACGAGCAGCUCCUCAAGGGAGAUUUCCGCAUUCAGCCUAUUUACACCCCUAAUGGGGGCGUCGGGUUCAGAGACUGCCCCCUGGGGACCAACAGCACAGUCUACUGCAAGAACAAUGUUCAGGAUGCAGACUAUUCUGGCACAUGAUGAGAAAAUCAGGAGUAUUUUUACGGACUCGUAACCCUUCUUUUCUGGACACUGUACAGUGUUAAUAUUCUUUGGAACCCACACGUCUUCUGGAAAUGUAAUUUAUACAAACAACUGGAAGAAACCUUUUCUAUGACUUCGUCUGAUUUCUAAGUUCUUAGUUUCUGGAGGUCGUGCUGUUUAAGUUGUGUGCACACAGACAUGUACAAUCAGGAGUCAUUCAUUUCAUUAUCUCUGGGAGUGAUUUUCAGUAGCUGUGUUUGAUUUUGAACUCAUUGUAUGCUGUAACCAUAACAGACUCCAUCCACACUGUAGCAUCAUCAGGUGCUGAAACCAGCUUUGAGAAUGUGAGGAGACGCAGCUCUGCCACAUCCCACCCACUAGAGGGCGUAGUUCUGUAGAUCCCACUACACUCCUCCUGUGACUGUUUGAUAUCAAGUCGUCUCAGUAAUACGGCACAUUUGUUUGAUUGCCACUACAGUCAAUAGAGAUGCAGAUGAUUAGAUUUCUGCUGGAGGAAGAUGACACAUUUUUAUGCAAAUGCCAUCUCUCUGCUUCAAAAUGAAAUCUAAAGGUCACAAUCAUUAAACAUCCUGAGAGAAGCAGGCUGCAGCGCUCUCACCUGCUUCUCCACGAACACAUCGUCACAGUUAGAGGAUCGUGUUAUUAGUGCUAGCUGUGUUUUAUGGUGGGUGUCACAGGGAGGCAGCAAAAAAGCACAUCUACCAUCAAUUGUAAACCAUUAAGAUUCAACUCUCUCCCUUUUGUUUAGCAGAAACGAUGUUAUGGUAAACAGUAUAUAUAUGUGCCUUGAAGUUAUCAGCUUACAAUGUCUUUUGAAUCCAUGUUUUUGCACAAACUGUAUAUACAUUCAACUGAAUUGCUGUUGAGGGAACUUCUUGCUCUUGAUUAUUUAUUUACCUCAUUACACAUUUAAUUAAAAACAUAUCUCCAAAAAGU